AUGAUUAACCCAUCUGUUUCCACUGUGCAAACUUUGCACUCACCUGAUGUGCGCCAAAUGAUUCCCAUCACUUUCGGCUACACUUCAACCUACGCCCACACUAUCCUAAACUUUAACGGAACCUCUCUGUUGCCACAACAAUUCAACGAUUUUCACCAACUUUCCCAAGCAGACUAUACCAAAACCUGUCAAGAAUUAGACACUCUCAUUCUCAAGAAUUAUGCCUACGAGGAGAGAAAAGAGUUAUUCAUGAGAAUUGCUGCCAUUGUUUCAUUAAUUCUCUUGCUGCCAAUUAUUGGAUUUUUCAUUUAUUAUGCAAUCGAUGAGUUGUUUUUAAAGAAGAAGAGAGAUGCUGAAUUGAGAGAGAAUAUGCAAAGGAUUUUGGAUGAUCACAAUGCUAGAUUGUAUAAUCCUAAGGGAGUUUCAUUGGUUUUGGAUGUUGGAUUGACAUUGAAUAGUUUUUCUGUUCCGAUUGAAGCUUGGGAAAUUAAGGUUGUUUCACAUAGAGUUCAAUUGCCACCUGCUAAUCAACCAUUGGCUUCCCCAGUCAAAUUAUACGAAACUAGAUGUUCCUAUAAUAGAGAAUGUCGUUUAUUUAAUCAAACUAUUCCAGCCUCAAUCAAGGAUCAAUAUCAAUUAGGAGAUGAAUGGGAGAAACUUGUUAAGGAAAUGAAUGCAAUUUCCCUUAAUAAUUUACAAGUUUUCUUUCAAUUUGUAACUGCCCCAUUAUACUGGUCUGUUUUGGUUUCGUCCAUUACUCUAUUUCUUGCUCUAUUUUUAUUUUUGCCAUUCUUCUUGAUCUAUGUUGCCAUCAUUUACUUUGUAAAACUCAAACCAGAAGAAGAUAAUAUGAGAAAUGUGAAACUUCCACAACUUGUGAAGGAAUAUAAUGAGAAAUAUUUCCUUCCAAAGGGUUUGAGAAUUGCUCUCGAUCAAAAUAAGGUAAGAACUGCACAUAUUGAUACUCUUUAUUUGGCAAAACAAUAA